AUGCUGAUCGACACCCGAGGCGCGCUCCCCAGCCGCACCCAUUUUCUGCCCCUUGACCGUAUCGAAGCCAGAACGUUGCCCGCGAAAACGGUCGCCGAGGCGAAGAAAAUUGCGCAAAGCUACGGCGAGGAAUGCUGGCUGGCCACCGAGCUGAUCCGUCACGACAAUUCGCCCGGGCUGGAGAAGGCCUUCCAGACGGUGUUCGGAUCGAUCAUCAUCUGCGAAUCGUCGAAAGUCGCCGAGAAAAUCACCUAUGGCAACCUGCGUGCGACCACCGUGACACUUGAAGGCGACAAGUACACCUCUGUCGGAACGGCUUCUGGAGGUUUCCGCGGCGACAAAAGCAACAACUACCUCCGACUCGCGAAGGCAUACCGACAAUGGAAGUCGGAGUCUGCCCAAAAACACGCCUUGAUCAAGACACUGAAGGCUGAAAUCGAGGCCCUGAACCAAGCCAAGGCCGAUGCUGACCAGCUGAAUCUUCGCAUCAACUCCAUUGACGGCCGCUUGGACUUGCUGCAACUGUCUAUCGACAACAACCCGAGGGAGAUGCUCGCCAACGAUUUGCAGCGCAUCGAUGCCGAACUCGCUGAAAUUGACGAACGCAGUGCCCAGGCGGCCCCCCGGGAAGACGAAGAAAAGAAGGCCAAACAAGAGCUGAAGGCCGCACAGGAGGCCUUGGCUGCGCUGGGUGAUGAGGUGCAGCGCAGCAAAGCGGCCUUGGCACAAAAGCGAGCCGACGUCACCGAGUCCGAAAAAGCCAUCUCCGAGGCGCAGGAAAGCAUCAAGAAGCUCCAGGAUGACUUCGAAGAAAUUAAAAGGGAGAUAGCUGCGAAGGACUUGGAACAAAAGGCGGUGAAGGCCGAAUUCGACGCUGUAAAAAGCCGACUGGAAGAUUUGCGCGGCGAGAAGCGAAAGAAGGAAGAAGAGUUGAGGGAAAUUAAAAAGCAGGGUGAAGAGGCCAGAAAGGAAUCCAUUGCUGAAGCAGAGCGGUGCAAAGAAUUGAAAGAGAAAUAUUCGCACUACAAAGAGCAGGCCUCGAACAUGGCAAAGCAAUAUCAGCACGCCAUGCGCGAGUAUCGAUGGCUCGCCGAUGUUGAAGAUCAGUUGGCUGUCAAGGGCACCGAUUUUGAAUUCCCCUCUGGCUUCACGGCUGACAAGGGCAAAAAAGACGUCGACGAUCUGAAGGAGCGCCAGGAUAAACUGAGCCGCAACCUGAACGUGAAGGCGAUGAACCUGCUGGCGCAGGCUGAAGAUAGUGUGAUGACGCUGCUGAAGAAAAAGGAGACCCUCUACAAGGACCGAAAGACUCUUCAAGAAACGAUCCACAAAUUGGACGAGAAGCGGAAGGAAGAGAUCAGCAAGGCCUACCAUCAAGUUACAAAGGACAUGAGCAGUAUCUUCUCGACACUUCUCGUCAACGCCGACGCCAAGCUUGAGCCGCCAGCGGGGAUGACCGAGCACCAGGGGCUGGAGAUCAAAGUCGCUUUCCAGGGCAAAUGGAAGGAGAGCUUGACCGAGCUCUCUGGAGGCCAAAAAUCUCUGGUCGCUCUCUCGCUCGUGCUGGCCAUGUUGAAGUUCAAGCCGGCUCCGCUCUACAUCCUCGAUGAGGUUGAUGCGGCCCUCGACAUCUCGCACACCCAAAACAUUGGGCUGAUGAUCAAGAAGCACUUCACCAACAGCCAGUUCAUUAUCGUCUCCCUGAAGGAGGGCAUGUUCAACAACGCCAACGUGCUGUUCCGGACAAGCUUCGCGGAGGGCACGUCGCGCGUCGACCGCUUCGCCAGCAAGAAC